AUGGAGCGGCUCGUCCACGCCGCCUUGGCGCGGCUGAGCGAGGAGGAGCUGGCGCGCUGCGCGUUCUACCUGCGGAGCUCGGAGCCGGCGCGCGGGGCCCGGGCCGAGCUCCAAGGCGCAGAUGGGAGCCCGGCGCAGCUGGCGCAGCGCUACACGGGCCGGGCCGCCGAGGUGCUGAGAGAGGCGCUCCGCGACAUGAGCGAGGUGCUGGCCAGGCAGGAAACGGCGGGAGCAGCGGCAGCGCCAGCUGCUGUACUGAGAACUGGUGAACAGCAAACCGGGAAUCAGACAAGUGAUACAAGUUUUAAAGGAAGAAGAACUGAGCAAAGGGACUAUGACGAAUUGGAUACGUAUGACAUGAGCAAAACCCGUGUGGCUUUUAUGAUGUGUGUGACAACAGGCAGGCACGGUGCAGAAAAGGAUAUUGAAGUAAUGAAUAAGUGGUUUGGCAAGUACCAGUUUGAAACGCCUUCUGGACAGUGCAUAGAUCCUAAUGGGCAGGAAAUAUUGCCAGCACUGGAAGAGUUCCGGGAUCAAAUCAAUCAAUCUGAGGAUGAAAUUAGCUGCUGCCUCAUUACUCUUAUGAGUCAUGGGAGGAGUCACGGCCUCAUUCAGGGGAAAGAUGGUGACACAGUUGACCUUGAUGAUAUAUUUGCAUUAUUCAACAAUAUACAAUGCCCAAAGCUCCAAGAAAAACCUAAAAUCUUUAUCAUUCAGGCAUGCAGAGGAGGAAAAGAAGACCAUGGAGUUGAAGAAAUAGAGCAUGAAUCCAAGGAAGCUAAUUGUACUUAUAACUUGAUAGCUAUCAGGAGGCUGCCAACAGCUAGUGAUUACUAUGUCGUGUAUUCCACUCAAAAGGGUUAUGUUUCUUUGCGUAACACGGAAAAAGGCUCUCGGAUGAUUGAAGCAAUGGAUGAGGUCUUUUCAGAGCAAGGCAUGAAGUGGCAUAUAGGGGAUUUGUUUACUAAAAUCAAUAACAACCUGGUGCAGGAAACCUUUAGUAUCCAUGGAUGCCCUGUGAAAGAGACAAUAGUCGUGGAAUCAACUCUGACCAAAGCCGUAUACCUUGCACCUUAA